GAAAUAAUUUGUGCACCAAAUGGCUGGUGCUUCCGUGUUGUCUUACUUCACUGAUGAGGCAGCCAGGUUGACCGAAUCCAUAAAAAAAACAUCAUCGACAUCCUACAACUAAAAAUCACAUCCUUUACACCUGAAGUUGCGCUCACACUCCAGUUGCCAUGGCUAAAACUCACACCUCUCUUCUAUCUCUCUUUAUCCUUUUUCUCUUUACCUUCCUAUUGACCCCGACCCAACAACAAUCCCAUGGAGAAGAAGAAGAAAACACACUAGUAGACGAUCCCAUUUCCCGCUUCCGAAACUACCUGCGAAUCAACACGGCCCAUCCAUCCCCAGAUUACUCCUCCGCCGUCUCCUACCUCCUUUCCCAGGCCAUUUCCCUCGGCCUCCAAUCCCGAACCUUCGAGUUCUCCCCCAACAAGCCUCUCCUCCUCCUCACAUGGUGGGGCUCCGACCCUUCUAUUCCUUCUAUCCUCUUCAACUCCCACCUCGACUCCGUCCCCGCCGAGCCCUCUAAAUGGACCCACCCACCAUUCUCCGCCGUCAAGACCCCAGACGGAAGAAUCUUCGCCCGUGGAGCCCAGGACGACAAGUGCAUCGGGAUGCAGUACCUCGAGGCCAUUCGCAAUCUCAAGGUCAAGGAUUUCCAACCCACUCGAACCGUACACUUGUCGUAUGUCCCCGACGAGGAGAUCGGAGGGUUUGAGGGCGCGGCCAGGUUCACGGCGUCGCAAGAAUUCAGGGAUUUGAAUUUGGGUUUCGCCAUGGACGAAGGUCAGGCCAAUCCGGGGGAUUCUUUUAGAGUUUUUCACUCGGAUAGGUCGCCUUGGGAGUUGGUGAUCAAGGCGAAGGGAACGCCAGGGCACGGGUCGAGGAUGUACGAUAACAGCGCCAUGGAAAAUUUGAUGAGGAGCAUGGAGAUUAUGAGCCGGUUCAGGGAGAGCCAGUUCGAUGAGGUCAAAGCCGGUCGAGCUUCCAACUCGGAAGUUAUUUCGGUUAAUCCUGUUUAUUUGAAAUCUGGGAUCCCUUCUCCGACUGGAUUUGUAAUGAAUAUGCAACCUUCAGAGGCAGAAGCUGGGUUUGACCUGAGAAUGCCUCCUACAGCAGACCCAGAUCUUAUAAAGAAAAGAAUUGCGGAGGAAUGGGCGCCAGCUGUGAGGAACAUGACCUACGAGAUUCGUGAGAAAGGGCCUAUUAGAGACUCCCACGGUCGCCCAUUAAUGACAUUGACAAAUGAUUCCAAUCCCUGGUGGCCUGUUUUCAAAGAAGCUAUUGCUGCAGUUGGAGGGAAACUUUCAAAGCCUGAAAUAUUGUCUUCAACUACAGAUGCCCGAUACCUUAGACAGUUGGGAGUUCCUGUUGUUGGAUUCUCACCAAUGAUAAAUACUCCCAUCUUGCUACAUGAUCAUAAUGAGUUCUUGAAAGAUACUGUAUAUCUGAGGGGUAUAGAGGUAUACGAAUCAAUAAUCAGCACAUUGAGUUCUUUCCUGGAAGCAUCUCAAUAAGUGAUCUUGUUAUUCAGUUGUGAGGAGCUAUGCAUGAUCAUCGGUACGGUUUUCAAGUGAAGGAGCAGCAACGUGUAUAUAUGAUGGGUAUGAAAACUCAAUUACCUUUAAUACAUAGCUCGUUUGUGCAGAUGAAUGUACUAUUACAAUAAUAAUGUCUGCCUCAGAUUAGGAUUUUCGUAGCUUCUAGAAACUACUGGAUUAAAAUUAUUUUGCUGAUGAAAUUUGUCAAUUUGAAGAAGAGUAUAGGUUUCUUUGUAAUCUAAAUGCAAGUUGUAUUUGUGUUACCUUGAUUAAAAUGAAAGUAAAAAUGAACUUGAAAACUAGUA